CGGCGUGGCUAAGGAGAGAAAAAUGUUGUUAAUUUUGUUCUUCUUCCCUCCUUUUUUCUGACAUCACAGUUCUGAAAAAUUCCUUUUAAUCCUUUUUAUCUUCAUUAAAUUUAAUCCAUAUCUUGAAUUUAUUGUUGAAUUGACCCUGGAUUCCCCGUUUUGCCCCCACCAUAGCCAUUGAUGUUUCUGUUUCAUUCUGGUCCAAACCCCUUGUAAAUUCUAACUAAUCCAUAACAGAAGUGGUUUUUAGUUUUUUUUUUCCUUCCUUAAUUUAUUUCCUAUAUAUUCUCAUUCUUCCCAUCUCUGUGUCUUUCUGCAACCGACCGACAAUCCCUCUGUUUCUCGUCGCAUAUGCCUCAUUCUUAAGGAAUUUUGAUUCCUCUGAGAGAAUUAAAGAUGCCAGGCAUGGUUACAAAUGGUGUUCAUGAUGACGGUGGAUCGAAUGAGAUGAAUGAGGACCAUUCUCCUUCUAAGGAGAGCUUAACUCCAAUUAAGUCUCUACGGAGUUCACUGAGUCCACAGAGGCACCAAAGUGUCGGUCCCAGUUUCCCGGUUGAUGGGGUGGUCGAGCCUUCCAUCGAGCAGCUUUAUGAAAAUGUGUGUGACAUGCAGAGUUCUGAUCAGUCUCCCUCAAGGCGAAGUUUUGGAUCUGAUGGUGAUGAAUCUAGAAUCGAUUCGGAAUUGCACCAUCUGGUUGGAGGACGAAUGAGGGAGUUGGAGAUAAUGGAAGAGGAAGUGGAGGUGGAACAAAGGCCAGGAGAGAGUUCUAGCUGUGAAACAUCUUCUGCAAUGGGUAGUUUAUCUGAUGAUAAGAAGUUGGAUAAGGUGGCUGUGAUUCGAUCUGCUAGCAAAAGUCCCGUUUCCUCAGAAAAAUCCAUCAAACUGUUGGAUUCACAAUUGAGCUCUGACACUUCGCCAAAAUUAAAAGCUAAAGGUAAAAGUCCUCCUUCAAAGCCUUCUUUGGAGAAAAAGAAUGAUAAGCCUUUGAGAAAACAAGUUAGAGGAGUUACCGGUGCGAAGAAUCCGAGGAAUUCUCCUUUGGGAAAAUCAGUGUCACAGAACCGUGUUGAGAAUUCGUCUGAAUCAGCAUUAGAUAGACCAGAACAGGCACCAAUACUACUAAAGCAAGCAAGAGAUCUUAUUUUAUCAGGAGAUAAUCCACAUAAAGCUCUUGAACUAGCUCUUCAAGCAAUGAAACUGUUUGAGAAGUUUGGUAAUGGAAAACAAAGUUUGGAACUGGUCAUGUGUUUACAUGUUACAGCAGCAAUAUAUUGCAGCUUGGGUCAAUACAGCGAGGCAAUUCCAAUUCUUGAGCGGUCAAUUGAGAUUCCUGUAACUGGGGAAAGUCAACAACAUGCUCUUGCUAAAUUUGCCGGUCACAUGCAACUAGGUGACACCUAUGCUAUGUUGGGGCAGCUUGAGAACUCAAUUAUUUGCUACACUGCUGGGUUUGAAGUCCAGAGGCAGAUUUUGGGAGAAACAGACCCAAGAGUUGGUGAAACUUGUCGGUAUGUGGCCGAAGCUAAUGUUCAAGCUUUGCAAUUUAAUGAAGCAGAGAAGCUCUGUCAAAUGGCACUUGACAUUCAUAGAGCAAAUAGUUCAGCCCCAUCUAUUGAAGAGGCAGCUGAUAGGAGGCUCAUGGGCCUUAUAUGUGAAACAAAGGGGAAUCAUGAAGCAGCUCUUGAACACCUUGUUUUAGCCAGCAUGGCAAUGGUAGCAAAUGGCCAUGAAGUGGAAGUGGCGUCUGUUGACUGCAGCAUCGGAGACACAUACUUAUCCUUGUCUCGAUAUGACGAGGCUGUAUUCGCGUAUGAAAAAGCUCUAACAGUUUUCAAGACCAACAAAGGAGAAAAUCAUCCAACAGUAGGAUCAGUCUUUGUGCGUUUGGCUGACUUGUAUAACAAGACAGGGAAGAUAAAGGAAUCAAAAUCGUAUUGCGAGAUUGCACGUAAAAUAUAUGAGAAUCCAAUGGCUGGAGUUACACCAGAGGAUAUUGCUAGUGGUCUUACGAAUCUAUCAACUAUCUAUGAGUCAAUGAAUGAGCUUGAACAGGCACUCAAGUUACUGCAGAAAGCAUUGGAAAUAUAUAAUGAUGCCCCUGGUCAGCAAGGAACAAUAGCAGGAAUCGAAGCUCAGAUGGGGGUCAUAUACUACAUGUUGGGUAACUAUGCUCAAUCUUACAACACUUUGAAAAAUGCUAUUUCAAAGCUUCGGGCUAUUGGAGAGAAAAAAUCGUCCUUCUUUGGUAUUGCUCUUAAUCAAAUGGGACUUGCAUGUGUGCAGCGUUAUGCGUUAAAUGAGGCUACAGAAUUAUUUGAGGAAUCAAAGAGUAUUUUGGAACAAGAGCUGGGACCUUAUCACCCUGAAACGCUUGGAGUGUAUAGUAAUCUUGCAGGCACGUAUGAUGCAAUUGGCAGGCUGGAUGAUGCAAUCCAAAUUCUUGACCAUGUUGUUAGUGUGAGGGAGGAAAAGCUUGGUACAGCAAAUCCUGAUGUGGAUGAUGAGAAGAAAAGAUUGAAUGAGUUGUUGAAGGAAGCCGGUAAAGUUCGAAGUAGAAAAGCCAGGUCACUAGAGAACCUUCUUGACGGCAAUGCUCACAAUUUAAACAACCUUGUCAUCAAGGCCUGAUAACGAUUUCCUUUAAAAGAAACUCGAUUCUUUGAUGCUUUACAGGAACACAAUCUUAAAAGUUGAAAGGAUAUCAUAUUCUGACAGUGUUGAUUUAUGGUAUGACUGAAGAGUGUUAUAUUUAAUGGGAUAAAACGGAAUCAGUGAAGAGUGUAAUAAUUUAUGCUAAAACUAUAUUUGAGAGCUAUGUAUUGUAUUUGUAUGGUACGUUGUAAGUAUUGUGGUAUACAGUUUCGCCUCUUAUUUGUGUAUACAACAUUUUUUCUCCUUUGUUUCAUUUCAUAUAUCAAAAAAACACUGUUUGAAACUCUAA